AUGGAUGACUACCUAGACAGUUAUGCUACGGUAGAGGAAGCGGUAAACACUGCGAGGCAGGUUACGGAAGUCCACCAGCAGGCCGGCUUCACCUUAGCGGGCUGGAAUUCGAACCACGCAGCCCUACUAGAAGACAAGCCGGAGGAAUUAUUAGCGAGCAAGCCUAAGGAGGUAGGCUUGAGACAAGACAGCCCAGGCAGAACCCUAGGGCUAUUAUGGAUGGCCAAUGAAGACGCCUUAACGUUUAACACAUCCAUGAACCGGGUACCGAACGAGGUGAAGACGCUGCAGAGGCCACCGACCAAGAGAGAGGCGUUGAGUGCAGUCAUGUCGGUCUUCGACCCGCUUGGACUGCUGAGCUACCUCAACAUCACCGCCAAGAUCCUGCUGCAAGACCUGUGGCGGAUGAAGAAGGUCGGAUGGGACGACGAACUACCCGAGGAGGCAGCUGAGGAAUUCCAGAGGUGGCUGCGAGUCGUCGAGGAAGUAUCACGACUGCGGCUGCCUAGGUGCUAUGCUCCUACGGGGGGAGUGGUAGAGCGUCAGCUCCACGUGUUCAGCGACGCAAGCGAACGUGCGUACGCAUCCGCGGCGUAUUGGCGAUUACGAUACCGCGACGGAACGGUUAAGGUACGAUUAGUGGCGGCCAAGGCGAAAGUCGCCCCGAUAAAGGCGCAAAGCAUACCACGGUUAGAAUUACAGACGAAUCUGAUAGGCGCGCGACUCGCGGAAUUCGUGCAAGGCGAGCACAGAGUGGUAGCCGAUAAGGUAGUUUAUUGGACAGACUCCACUACGGCGCUCCAUUGGAUUCAAAACGAUACGGCGCGUUACACCCCAUACGUAGCACAUAGAUUAGGGGAGAUAUCGGAGAAGACGUCACCCGAGCAAUGGAGGUGGAUACCGACCGCAGACAACAUCGCGGAUCAGGCAACGCGCAUUAAUUAUACGUACAAGGAAGAGAGCGACAAAUGGUUUACGGGACCGCCAUUCCUGUACGAAGAGGAAGAUCGAUGGCCUCGACGACGGGAAGAGAAGGCAGGGGAUGAAGAUGACGAGCUGGAGGAAGUCGUGGCGCACCAGAGCGACACCAGGGGCGCUCCACACCUGCCAGACAUCGAGAGGUUCUCUUCUUACGAGAGAUUGGUCAGGGCCACCGCUCGGAUAUUACAGUUCGUCGAUGCCAUGAGAGGAAAGGCGCACGGACUAACAUUGGACCACAUCCAGAAAGCAGAGCGGAUGUGGAUAGAGCGAAGUCAACAAGAGAGUUUUGCUGAAGAUAUCAGUCGACUGCAGAAAGGAAGGAACUUGGCAACCGGCAGCGCGUUAAGGAAGCUCGACCCCAUAUUCGAAGAUGGCGUACUGCGAGCUAGAGGACGGAUUGACGCAGCCGAUGUGGACAGCCAAAUGAAGAGGCCCAUCAUCCUGAACGGACGCCACCAGUUUGUAAAGCUGCUUGUGGAGAAGGCGCAUAAGGAAGCAAGCCACGCCAACAGGGAACGGGUAGUGAACGACCUACGCACGAGAUAUCACAUACUUCGACUACGACCGACCGUACGAGAAGUGGAGCGGAGAUGUCUGCGGUGCAGGGUACGCAAGGCGACACCACGGCCAGCGGUUAUCGGAGAUCUACCACCUGAACGGUUAGGGGCAUUCGCGCGACCAUUCACCUACACCGGAAUCGACUAUUUCGGGCCUAUAACGGUAACAAUAGGACGUAAGCAUGAAAAACGGUGGAUAGCGUUAUUCACUUGUUUGACGACGCGCGCGGUACAUCUAGAGAUAGUUUAUUCCCUAACGACGGACUCGGCGAUAUCGGCAUUGCGGCGCAUGGCGGCUAGGCGUGGGUGGCCACGGGUCAUCUACUCGGAUAACGGGACAAACUUUCAUGGGGCGGACACCGAAUUACGACGGGCGAUGGAAGAGUGGGCACCCCUGCUGAAGGACUACGCGUUGACUCGGCGGACGGAUUGGAAGUUCAUCGCGCCGGGUGCGCCGAACCAGGGAGGCGCAUGGGAGCGUCUCGUGCGCUCGGUGAAGACCGCGCUCGAAGCCACACUCAAUCAGAAGAGCCCACGGGAGGAGACAUUAGCGACGCUCCUCACAGAAGCCGAAAACACCGUUAACUCUCGACCGUUGACGCACGUACCGGUCGACAUCGACGAAGAAGAGGCAUUGACACCCAACCACUUCUUGCUGCUGGGACCAUCGAGCCUUCCAGUGACCGCGCCGUGCACGCCUAAUGAUCGUCGGGCGUGGAGAGCGGCGCAGGGACUUGCCGACGAGUACUGGAAGCGCUGGGUGAAGGAGUACCUGCCGACGCUGGUUGCGCGCGGAGACUCAAGGGACGUUCAGCAGCGCCCGGUACAAGAAGGAGACCUCGUCGUGGUGGCAGACGGGACCAUGCCGCGGAACGUGUGGCCAAGAGGAGUUAUAACGAGGACCUUUCCCGGACCAGACGGCGUGGUACGGAACGUCGAAGUGAGGACCAGGGGCGGAUUGCUGCGGCGGCCGGUCAGGAGGAUCGCCGUCCUCCCGAGUGCAGCCUAG